GCCUCGCAGAGUUGGGAGACGGCAGGCGGGGGGUGUGUGUGUGUGUGGAAAAAUAAAAGGGAAAAGUCCGGGCAUCAUGUAGACCAGCGCCCCCCGCUCAGGAGCCGCGGCCACCCGGGGGACCUCCCAGCCUGCGGCCAUGAACGCGAACGGCGAGAGCGACAGCUUCCCCGGCUCGGUGCAAAUUCCGGGUGGUGCGACAGUGCUGGUGGAGCUGACUCCCGACAUCCACAUCUGCGGGAUCUGCAAGCAUCAGUUCAACAACCUGGAUGCCUUUGUAGCUCACAAGCAGAGCGGCUGCCAGCUGACCAGCACGGCUGGGGCCACCCCCAGCACGGUCCAGUUUGUGUCAGAGGAAACGGUGCCUUCUGCGCAGGCUCAGACGACCACCAGGACCAUCACUUCAGAGACCCAGACCAUCACAGUUUCAGCUCCAGAGUUUGUGUUUGAACAUGGCUAUCAAACCUAUCUUCCUGCGGAAAGUAAUGAAAACCAGACGGCCACUGUCAUCUCUCUCCCUACCAAGACACGCACCAAAAAGCCAGCAGCCGUAACUGCUCAGCGGAGGCUCAGCUGUUGCUAUCCAGGUUGCCAAUUCAAGACUGCCUACGGCAUGAAGGACAUGGAGCGGCACCUGAAAAUCCACACAGGAGACAAACCCCACAAGUGUGAAGUGUGUGGCAAGUGCUUUAGCCGGAAGGACAAGCUGAAGACCCACAUGCGGUGCCACACGGGCGUGAAGCCCUACAAGUGCAAGACGUGCGACUACGCGGCGGCCGACAGCAGCAGCCUCAACAAGCACCUGCGCAUACAUUCCGACGAGCGCCCCUUCAAGUGCCAGCUCUGCCCCUACGCCAGCCGCAACUCCAGCCAGCUCACUGUGCACCUGCGAUCGCACACCGGGGACGCCCCCUUCCAGUGCUGGCUCUGUAGCUCCAAGUUCAAAAUCAGCUCGGACUUGAAGCGGCACAUGCGGGUGCACUCGGGGGAGAAGCCCUUCAAGUGCGAGUUCUGCGACGUGCGCUGCACCAUGAAGGGGAACCUCAAGUCGCAUGUGCGCAUCAAGCACAGUGGGAACAACUUCAAAUGUCCGCACUGCGACUUCGUGGGUGACAGCAAGGCCACCCUCCGCAAGCACAGCCGCCUGCACCAGGCCGAGCACCCCGAGAAGUGCAGCCAGUGCAGCUACGCCUGCUCCAGCAAGGCGGCCCUGCGCGUGCACGAGCGCAUCCACUGCGCCGAGCGCCCCUUCAAGUGCAGCUACUGCAGCUUCGACACCAAGCAGCCCAGCAACCUCAGCAAGCACGUGAAGAAGUUCCAUGCAGACAAGGCCGAGGCCUCAGACAGGAAGGACGUGGGCAGGCAGGGAGGCCGCCAGCUGGCCAAGCUGGACGCCAAGAAGACGUUCCACUGUGACUUGUGCGACGCCUCCUUCAUGCGCGAGGACUCCCUCCGCAGCCACAAGCGGCAGCACAGUGAGUACCAGGAGAGCAAGAAUUCCAACCUGACAGUCCUGCAGUUUCAGAUUACCCCGGGCAAGCCGCCCGCCGCGCCCCUCACCGUGGGCCAGCUGCAGGUGCCGCUGCAGCCCAGCCAGGUGCCCCAGUUCGGAGAGGGCCAAGUCAAGAUCAUCGUGGGCCAGGUGCCCCAGGCCAACAGCAUCGUCCAGGCCACUGAAACCGCCACUGCCACCGCCGUCAGUAUCGUGCCGCCAGCCCUGGUGGCACAGAGCCCGGAUGAGCUAUCGGGCAGUGGGCAGCGGCUGCAGAUCCUGCGCCAGGUCAACCUGAUCGCCCCGGGUCAGGCCACGGGCUGCGCGUCCGAGGCGGGUGCCCUGGCGCAGCCCACGGUCCUGUUGGCUGCACAUGACCACACGCUCAUCCCUGCGGCGCCGGCCGGGCCCGCGGAAGGCGCUGGCGGCCAGACCUUCAUCGCCAGCUCGGGUAUUACCUGCACUGACUUCGAAGGCCUCAACGCCCUCAUCCAGGAGGGUGCAACCGAAGUGACCGUGGUGAGCGACGGAGACCAGAACUUGGCGGUAGCAUCUACAGCCCCGCCCAUGUUCUCCUCCUCUUCUUCCUCUUCCUCCUCCUCUUCCUCAGCCUCCUCUUCCUCGCAGCAGGAGCUGCCCAAGCCAGCUUUCUCUAUCCUCCCAGAAGCGGCUCACACAGCUGCGCUCUGCCCGGCUGAUUCCAUCCCAGACUAGGAUGCGAGGACGCCCGGGAGGUGGGUGGGCAUACCUAGAGGGAAUCCCCGUGGGCUCCCAUCCCCAACGAAGGCUGUGAAUAAAUUGUGGGGGGGUUUUAUAUUUGAUUAUUAUGAUUUCCUGACAGUUGUGGCCUGGAGACCUUGCAGUUCUCUGGAGUGGUGUUCCCGGUGAUGGUGGCUGGCGGUCUUGCAUAGUGGCCAAAGUGAUGGGCCCCCGAGCAGGGGCCAGGGUUGAGGGUAUCCCCUGGGGUUUCCAGCUCUGUUGCAGGUUGGGGUGGGAAGUGGCGCCCAUACCCCCUUCUGAAUCCAUGCUGCUGAACAUGUACAUGGAAGGUACAUAUGAUAAGGGGUGUGACUGCCCACUUAUGCCAUAGCAUUUCUUCAGUUUCACCUUUAAUUUAAACGAAGUGCCCAAAUCCGCUAGUAGGGUGUCUGGGUGUCGCUGAAGAGCUGUGUGGCUCUCCAUGUGGAGAUCUGCGUCCCUGGGCCUGGGUUAGGUUCCCUCCUAACUUGCUGCAUGAUGAGAUGGUUGAGGGGCGGUGGACGUGGCUGUAGAGUUGAGUGUGCCGUCGCCUCCUUCACGGUUCAAUCUGUGGAUUGCUGAAGCCAUAUGACUUGUGCACUGAGACUUCCGGAAAGGGUCCAACUGU